AUGGACUAUACACUUUUCACAGCAGCCAUUGUGUUUCUAACAUCAGGUCUGUGUGUAGGUCAGAAUGUGUUACCACCAGGACCAUUGACUGGAGCCAUAGGAAGGAGAGUGACGUUCACCACAACCCUCAGUCCACCAGCCAAACCUUUUGUCUCAGUGAGCUGGACCUUCAACAGGGUCAACAUCAUCACCUCCACUACGGUCAACAUAACUAAUGCUGACUACAAAGACCGGAUCAGUCUGGACAGAACCACUGGCUCUCUGGAGCUGUGGAACCUGGGCCUGAGGGACCAAGGAGAGUACAGAGUCAGCAUCAUACCAGAUGGGGCUCUGGAGCUACAAGGAGCUACCACUCUGGAUGUCUAUGUGUUGCUAUCUGCUGCCACCCUCACCAGUCCCCCAGCCACCCUGAUAGCUGGCAUAAGCUCCACCAACCUGACUUGUGAGGCUGCUGGCAACAUCAGCUCCAUACAGUGGAUCAAAGAUGGCCUCCCUCUGUCUCCCAGCAACAAUAUCACCUUCUCUGCAGACAACAGGACAGUCUAUCUCAGUCCUGUUCAGGACAUUGACAAUGGAGAAUAUGAUUGUUUAGUCAGCAACCCUGUCAGCAACCGGACAGCAUCCCACAACCUGACCGUCAACUUUGGACCCCAGAACAUUUCAAUAGAUGGACCAUUAGCAGCAUCAACAGGAUACAGGGUAACUCUGAGCUGUUCGGCUGACUCUAUCCCUCCUGCUACAUUCACCUGGAUGUUCAACAGGACAGAGACGGGUGUUAACAACACCCUGUACGUCAUAGAGAGGAUGGAGGCGCUACACAUUGGGAACUACACCUGCACUGCCACCAAUAACAUCACCGGACUGAAAGACUCCGUGGUCCACAAGCUGAGAGGUUAGUUACAGCUCGAUGUUGCAGUUAGGAUUCAUGAAAAAA